CAGAGGGGAAGUGACGUAGUUCGCGUCACGUAACGUCGAAACCGAGCAGGAUUUUGUAGUCUGUUUGCUGUUUGGGUUGGCGUUAAACUCUUUUGUUGUCCACGAUUUGUAAAUAUCCAGCUUCACAAAUUGUCAUGGAUGUUUCGUGUCUGUUUAAAAUUUUAAAUACUCCGAUUUAACUAGCGGAAGACUCAUGUUUCACCCGGAAGUACUCAACCGACAACCAAGAAUACAAUUUGAGGCAAAACAUCAAUGGGGGUCACUUGUGUGUGUCAGGUGCCUGUGUCGGAGGGGAAGAGCGUGCAGCAGACAGUGGACGUCCUGCACAAGAAACUGGAGCAGCUGGGUGCUGUGAAGCAGGGCACCUUCUGGGUAGACUGUGAGACAUACCAUGCAACAGGAAACGUCAGCGGUCAGCCCACCAAGCUCUUAUACAUGAUGCACAACUCUGAAACUCCGCUGAGCUGCAUGGGUCUGUUUGAAGGCGGGCCCUGCCUGAUAGCCGACGCAAACUUUGACGUUCUCAUGGUGAAGCUAAAAAGUCACUUUCAAAAUGCCAAGGGGCACAAGGUGGAGUGUCGUGGUUCUAGAUACCGUUACUGUGACUUCUUGAUAAAAGUUGGUACUGUGACAAUGAGCUCCAGUGCCAGAGGGAUAUCAGUAGAGGUGGAGUACUGUCCUUGCGUAGUUCCAGGGGACUGCUGGAACCUCACGAAGGAGUUCAUGCAAUCCUUUCUUGGCCCCAGCGUCCCCGAACUGCCUUCUGUGUUUGCUGCCAAGCCUGAAGGACUCUUCGCACCAUCAGACUGCGUGGACACCAUGACUCAGUACCUGGAGUUGUUCAACAAACUUCGUAAAAUGCAAAUGCCAGGAAGCAACGUGCGUUGAGUCAUCAGUGGCAUCGGAGAAAACCUUUUUUAUGUUUGUAUUAAUGUUGCUUUAAAUCUGGUCCUGUGGAUCAGCAUGUUAUCCAGGCAUUUUUCAAAGUCUGCUUUUUAAACUUCCAUUUCUGGAGCCUCAACAUUGUAAUAAACCUUCCUAUUUGAUAAAAACAUCUUGCAUGAAAGAGACUUAAUGGAGAACAGAAGCUAGAAUAUGUGUCUCUGACCAAUUCUAUUGUGAUGAUCAUUGUAUAAUCAUACACACACAUUUCAAAUGUCCUCUUGGUGGGGUUGUAACCUUCUCUAGAGAGACAAUUUUAGCUGGAAGUAAUAAAACAGAUAAUUGUGAGUUUUUCUUAGUAGAUUUCCUGUAGUGGGUGUUGGCUAAAGGCUUAUGUUUGAUUAGUUAAUAAGGCUUUGGACAGAAAAAACCCUAAUUGACGUAUGCACAAGGAUGUCUGUUCAUCUGUGCAGAGCCCUGCGGAUUUCAGUUAAAUUGUGUUUAUUCAAUAGACCUUUUAAUUAUAGAGAUUUUGACUUGUUUAAAUAAAAUACAGGAAACACGA